AUGUCGAAAAGGUCCAUUGCCUCCAUUUCCACAGCCCAAGCGGUGGACCGUGAGGCGCCUGAGGCUCCUGGCGAUGCCUCCGAGAACGCGCUCAAGAAUCCACGCCUUGUGUCGAGCUCCCAAGCUCUGUCUCACACAUCCUUGGCAAGGCGGCGCAUAACAUCUUGCGCUGCUUGUCGCAAGCAAAAACACAACUCUCCAUCCGCUGUCCCUGCCCCCAUCGAUGCCUAUCUUACCAAGCCCGAAUCUGAACCUAGUGCCCAGGGUCCUGCCGCUGCCUCGGCUUCACGCUCGUACAAGAAACCUGAUAUUGUUAGCAAGGGGCUGAUAACAAUUGAGGAUGCCGAGGUGCUGGUCAACCACUACUUUGUUGAAAUGGAUCCUAUCCUGUACGGAUUCGCCAAAACGCACAGUACAACCCAUAGUGUCAGAGACGGGUCUCCGGCAUUGAUUGCAGCCAUCUGCACAGUCUCUUCUCUUCACCUAGUAGACUAUGGCCAUUUAUUCGAGACUUGCUAUCGCGAAUACAGACAUGUCAUAGCCACCACUCUAUUCGAGCGGCAGGAUGUCGAGCAUAUUCGUGCCUUGCUGAUUGGUUCGUUUUGGCUCCCCGGCGCGUCAAGGAUUCUCCUCUGUGACGCUGUGAGGCGUGCUGGCGAUGUGAGGCUCCAUCGGCACAUCUUCAAGGCCAUCAGUGGGUUGUCAAACACUUUUCCAAGCCCCAAUCACGGCAAUAUCGACCAGGACCAGUCCCGCGACUGUGUCCGAUUAUGGUAUGGCAUGUUCAUGAGCGACCAGCACCAAGCCAUCCUCAACAACCGUGAAAGUCUUCUUCCGCUGCAUCUAGACGUGCUCGAAAGAAGAAGGGAAUACAUGGAAAGCGAAGCAUGCACCAACCAUGACCAGCGUCUUGUUGCGCAGUCCUCAUUACUGUUGGCCAUGGCGAGGAUAAAGCGGACCUUUGGGUCCGAGUACCCUACUCCUGUUCCGGAAUCUCGAGCCGCCGAGUUUCUCAAGUUCUCUGCUGAGCUGGAUGCGUGGAUUGACGAAUUCCGUCCAAAAUUCCAUGCGAGCCCUGAAAUGGGAAAAUUCCCGCCAUUGGCAUAUCAGCUCCAUUACCUUUUUGGCAAGCUAUACCUCGGACACCAUGUGUUCCGGGGCUUGCAAGGAAGAAUGAUCUCAGACGCACUACUCGAGGCCGCUCGAAUGGCAUAUGACGCGGCCGUGGCCAUCUUCCGGAUGAUCCUGGACGCCGACGGACUUCUCAGCAAUCUCUGGAGGGUACCCAGCUACAUUCACAUCAUGAUAUCAUUUGCAGGCCAUUUGCUCCUCGAACUAUGCAUCAAACACCGCGAUCAGCUUGAAAUCAAUGUCGAGCAAGACUACCGCAUGUUGAACGCUGUCGUCUCAGCAUUGACCAACAUUCGUCUCAAUUCUGCACACCCGCUUCGUCGGGUCGCCAAUGGCCUUCAAAAACGACUCUUUGAGUUCGCAGCCCAAUACGGAAAGGAGAGCUUGGCUGACAGCGGCGCCGAUUGGCCUCGUCAGCGUGGCAAAGAUGCCGGCAUGACAGCAUCGGCCUCUGCAGGGGAUGUUGCGGCGCAAGAACCCCCAGGGCCGCUCUUUGAAAUGGGCGCCACGGGUAUGCCCAACGAGUUUUUCUUUACAGACUUUAGCGACUUUACAUUUCACGAGCCUUCAAUGGAUUUUAUGGGGGUGUAG